CAGUGGAGCAGCGAGCGACCAGAGAAACGAGUCAGGAAGUUGUGGAGCUGCGACUGGAACUGGAGUAAAACACGAGGAGGACAAGUUACAGGAUCGUCUUUCAUCAGCACAAGGUGGACAAAUGGAUUCAUGUCCCUGUUUGAGGACGGUUUGAGUGGGUUGGACGCUGCAGGAGAGCCGGAGUCUCGUUAUCACUGACAGAACAGACAGAGUGCAGAGUUCAUCUUCAUAUCAUCUUCAUGUUCAUCAUGUCAGGCCGACUGGUCCCCGUCCUCCUCUCUCUGUGUCUGACACUGGGCUCGGUCCAGAGUCAGGGUUCGCCCCAGGACGCCUUCAUCAUCCAGUACCUGGAGAGGAGGCUGGCUCAGAUGGAGGAGCGUCUGAGUCAAUGUGAGCAGAGCACGUCCAGCGUCACCCAGAAGACCUACGACCUGUCCUCUGAGGUCAGGGCCUAUCUCUCCUCCCUCAGUGCACUGAGGUCCGAGGUGAGGACUCAGGUGGACGGCGUGUCGGUGCGUGUGGACCGGAUGGAGAGAGAGCUGGAGUAUCUGGAAAACAAGAUGCCCACGCAGAGCGACAUCGAGAUGGAGGAGGCGCUGCUGGAGCAACAGAUAAAAGCUGCAGAGCUGGACCAGCUGAAGAAGAAAGCAAAGAUCAUAGUGGAGAACGACUGCAGCACGGCUCUGACUCAGAUCAAGUCCCUGAAGAUCGUGAAGAAGGCAGGAGACACGCACGGCUCCUGGUUCAAGGACCCGUCAGGACAAUCUGCUAAGGUCUACCUGCUCAGUGGAGUCCGUAACGACACGCUGCUGGAGUACGUUUCCCUGCAGAGCUUCAGUGAGAGAACCACCUCCUCCUCGGCCAAGGUGGUGAAGCUGCCCUCCCACUGGCAGGGCACGGGCCACGUGGUCUACAACGGAUUCCUCUACUUCCACAAGGCAGAUACACCCAACCAGAUUCUGAAGGUGGACCUGUCGAACAGCACAGUGGUGGACAACACUCUCCUCCCAGGAGCAGGUCGACUCCCAGUCUACAGUCUGAACCCCGACACGUACCUGGACCUGGCUGUGGAUGAACUCGGCCUGUGGGUCAUCCACGCUGACCCUGAGUACGGAGGAAACCUGGUCAUUACCAAACUGGAUAAAGUGAGUUUAGCAGUUGAGUACACGUGGGACACACAGUGUAGAAGCCACGAUGCUGAAGGAGCCUUCCUGAUAUGUGGGACGCUGUACGUCGUCUACAACACGCGCUACGGAGGACGCUCCACCAUCCAGUGUCUCUACGACAUCCACGACACCAUCCACAGCAAUGAGAGUCCGGUGUUGUUCUUCCCAAAGCGCUACACCAGCCACAGCAGCAUCCACUACCACCCCGGGGACAAGCAGCUGUACGCCUGGGACGACGGCUACCAGACCAUCUACAGAGUGGAGACACGCAGGAACCACCAGGUCGCUGCCGAAUGAGCACAGAACCAAACACCUGACUUGUCACUGCACUCAGGAGCAAAGCUUCCGUCUAGAAAAAGACAAAUUUACCUGUGAGUUUAUAACCUGCUGUUUUCAGUUUAGUGAUCCUUUGCUGGCAAUGGACGCUGCCUUCAUCACUGUUAACCAUAGUGUCCAAGCAACUGCAUUUUAUACAGAGACUUUAUACUUUGUAUCACCAUAAUAAAGUGCACUAAAAUAU